CACUGCUCCCCAUUCCCUAAUUCAAAAUGGCGGUGCCGAAAGAGAAGGACUUUAUGCCGCGUCUGGCUUCUUGCCGCAUCUUGGUAGUUGGUGCCGGUGGUAUUGGCUGUGAAUUACUGAAAAAUCUGGUAUUAACUGGAUUUGAGGAUAUAGAAGUGAUUGACUUGGAUACAAUAGAUGUGAGCAACCUGAACAGACAGUUCCUUUUCCAAAAGUGUCAUGUUGGGAGGAGUAAAGCUGAGGUUGCCAAAGAGUCAGCCCUCAGGUUUAAUCCAAAAGCAAAGAUAGUGGCUCAUCAUGACUCAGUGUUGAAGCCGAAAUAUGGAGUGCCGUUCUUCAAUGAAUUCACUAUGGUUAUGAAUGCACUUGACAAUCAAGCUGCUAGAAACCAUGUUAACCGUCUUUGUCUUGCAUCUGAUGUUCCAUUAGUGGAAAGUGGCACAGCAGGUUACCUUGGACAAGUUACAGUAAUCAAGAAGGGGCUUACUGAAUGCUAUGAGUGCCAGCCCAAAGCAGCCCAGAAGACGUACCCAGGUUGCACUAUCAGGAACACUCCCUCAGAGCCCAUUCACUGUAUUGUGUGGGCCAAGCAUCUGUUCAACCAACUUUUUGGAGAAGCUGAUCCAGAUGAAGAUGUUUCACCAGACUCUGCAGACCCAGAACUUGUGGGUCAGGCAGGCAAGUCAGCUCUACACAAUUCUUCAGAAGACCAAUCAAAAGCAAGCACUACUCAGGAUAGCCAAUCACCUUCCAAUGGCAAUGUUGUGAGGGUAUCUACUCGUGCCUGGGCAAGUUCUCAUGACUAUUGUCCAAAGAAAUUGUUCUCCAAGUUGUUCUCAGAAGACAUCCUUUACCUGCUCUCAAUGGAAAAACUAUGGGAAAACAGACGACGACCAACCCCUUUAACUUGGGAAGGGGCAGGAACUAUGGAUGAGGAGAAAGAAGCUAAGAAUGACAAAGGUGGCAUAGCAGAUCAGCGAUUGUGGAGUGUGAAGGAGUGCCAAGAGAUUUUUUCUUCUGCUGUUCAAAGCAUAAGAAAAAGACUUGGGGGUGAAGUGACAGAACUGGUGUGGGACAAGGAUGAUGAAAGCAGUAUGGACUUCGUGUGUGCCUGUGCAAAUCUGAGGGCACAUAUCUUUGGCAUUCAGAGGAAGACAAGAUUUGAUGUGAAAUCCAUGGCUGGUAACAUCAUCCCUGCCAUUGCCACCACUAAUGCUGUGAUUGCUGGACUUAUAGUAUUGGAAGGACUGAAGGUGUUAGCUGGUGAAUUUGGAGCAGCCCGAACUACGUACCUGAACCGACGACCAAAUCCCCGUCGACGGUUGCUGGUGCCAUGUGCACUGGAUCCACCACGGCCGCAGUGUCUUGUGUGUGCUCCACGACCUCGAUUAGCCUUAAAGCUAUCUGUAGCUCAUACCUCAGUGGGAGCUCUAAAAGACAAAGUGCUGCGGGGUGCCUUAGCCAUGGCAGCCCCGGAUGUUGAAGUUGUAGAUGGCAAGGGCACCAUCCUUAUCUCAUCUGAAGAAGGGGAGACCCAAGAAAAUAAUGAAAAGAUGUUGAAGGAAUUCAACAUUGUGGAUGGAACCCAGCUUAACUGUGAUGACUUUUUGCAGAACUACAACAUCCUAGUGGACAUUAUUGACUGUGACCAGUUGAAGGAUGGUGCUGAGUUCGAGGUAAUUGGUGACCCUGAGCAAUUGAAGAAAGAACAAGCAAGAGAACAGGAAAAGAAGGAAGAAGAACAAAGCUCUUCCUCAACAUCUGCAACAACACCAGCUACAUCAUUAUUUCCACCAACUGCAGUCCUGGAGGAUGAGGAUGACUUGGUGUGCCUUGAUGAUGUAGUCGUGGAGAAGAAGAGGAAAGUUGAUGAAAGAGAAAAAGGAGAGGAUGAGCCUCCUGUCAAGAAGGCCCGAAGUGGUGGAAAAACAGAGGAAGAAGAGGAGGUAAUGGUACUAGAGUGAAGAAAGAAAGGACUUCCAUAUAUAUAUAUAUAUAUAUAUAUAUAUAUAUAUAUAUAUAUAUAUAUAUAUAUAUAUAUAUAUAUAUAUAUAUAUAUAUGUCUGAUGAUCAGAGCUCUGUUGUUAAUCUCUGUAUACAAUGCUUAAGUUAUAAAAAGAAGAAAUCUUAAAAUCAUGAAUAAUGCAGGCAUUGGAUGAAGUAUGGAAAUGAAGUCAAGAUUAAUUUUCUUUAAGUUGUAUCUGAAGAAAGAUGGGAGAAGACUUAGAUGAAAGUAAACAAACUAAUAAAGUAAAGACAUACAAAAUCUGAGAGUACAAGAUAGUCUGUUCCUGUAAAAAUAAGCAAAAUAAAAAUGUGAGAAAAUUCCAGAUUUCAGAAAAUCAGGAUAUGUUCUAGCAAUUUAUUUCAUACAUCCAGCUUAGCUCAGCUGAGCAAAGAGAUUGCUUGCCGUUUCAGCAACUGUGGUUAUAUGUGUUGCUCUUGACCUAAUUUUGGAAGCUGAGGUGCUCCCAUGCUAUCUUUGGAUAACUAAGAAAAUAGAGAAAUAGUGUUAACUAUUGACUAGUGAGAUGGUUACAUCAUGUUGAAAGGAUUCAAUUAGGAAAGACAUAAUAUUUUUGUUCAAUUUUUUUUUUUUUUCCAAUUUUGCCUGUUGGCAGAAAUAAAGUCUGGUACACAAUGUGACACAGGGUGAUACAGUGCAAAAUUUCAUAUUUUAGAGAACCCCCUCAUUAGGAUGCAAAUCAGCAUAAGUUAACCUGCAGAAUUCCCUUGUAGUCACAUUCGUAUUUCCACUAUACCUUUGACAGGAGGACAUGUCUGUCCUGUGUUGCAAAGAAAAGGUGUGGUGGAGGGAAGCCACCAUGUAGUUAAUUGAUCUAUAUAAAAAGUCCAGUCUAUAUGCCCCUGGUAGUAGCAAAAACCCUCCAUGAAUUGUUCAACCUGGUGAUCCUUCUAAACAAGGUGAGAGUUAUAUGAUCAACAGGCAGUUCCCAGCAGGCAACUACCUUUUUUCUGGACACAGGUUUGCUCUCCAGUCUUUGCCCAGUAAAUGGUGUAGAGAUAUGGUAAGAGUGUUUGCACAGUGGGCAACUUCACUUUGUCUGGACAGGGCUUAAGAGCAAUAGCUGCUAGGUACAUACUUCCACCUCCAUUCAUUGUCCUAUUUGCAUCAUCUUCCUGAUUCUUUUGUUUAUCUUUUAAGAUGUAGAAGAAAAAGAAGAAGAAAGCCUGUGAUGUCAGUCUAGUACACAUUUACUGGUCUCAUUUACCUCCAUAAUUUUCCUCAUUAUUGCCAUCAUCAGCCAGUUGUAUAAUAUCCUUUAACUUUGUCACUUCCAAUCCUUCCCAACAACUCCAGAGAUCAUUGACCAUUCUUAUAAUUCUUUUAAUUAAUGGUUAAACAAUAAAAGCAUGUUGCCUUGUGGUGAUGAGCCAUAUCAACAUGAUCUCUAAGCUAAAUUGGUCAUUGCUGCUGAACACAAAUCGGCAGCUGAAGUAUGCCUAAUGUCAGGUCUCCUCUUAAUUUGAAUGACUUCAAGACUUGAGAGUUGUGAGGAAAGAAAGCUUAAAUUUAGGACAUCUUUUAUUAUUGUUAUAAUUUACAAGCUAGGUAGUCUAUGCAACUCAUUUAACCACAAUUCCAUAUUGAAAGUCUUAAAAGUGUUAUAACUGUUUCAGUGUAUUGUGCAUUUUUAUCCAGCUUUGAAUGAACUUUUUUAUCAUGUUGUUGUAGGGGUGUUGUGAUGUGUUAAUCAGUGUUACUUGUAUUCAAAAGAGUGCUUAAAACAGAAAUUCAUUUUGUUAUUCGUGAUUAUCUGUAGAUCAAGUACAGUACUGACCACUUCUUUAUACUAUGUAAGAUUUUAUAGUAUAAAUAUUUUUUGUAUUGAAACUAAGAAUAAAUGUCAGGUUAAUA